UCAAUGAGACCCCUCAAAAUACAAAGCAGUCUCUUUUCUCCAUCCAAACCUACUCCCGUCUUAAAAAAGCUCAUGCGAAGCAAACGAGGAAUCGAAUGCACUUGACGGCGAACCCGCAGUGGUUUUGUGGUCGGACGCUUUGCGCAUUGAUGGGUCAGUUACAUUGCACAGACGUCGUCGGGCGGAUUUAAAGACAUCGACCGAGGUGUCCGAGAUGCACUGUGGCUAUUGCAAAGCGCCGAUCUCUUGUGAUACCGGCCGGGUUUUAUCAUGGUUUUCAGACGGUCAGCUCGGACUGACAGUGCUUUUGAUCAUAGGAGAAUGCGGUGGUUGGGAUGCUAUGGGCUGGGGCCCAUGUGGAAAGCACUCCUGGUAUUCCUGGUCAUUGCAUUCGCAGGGCAGCUUCUGGGAGUCAUCUUCAAUAAGAGCUGGAUGCAGCCAGAGAGGUCUCGAUCCCUCUUUGCACUUCCCUCUGAGAAUUUCCAAGGGUCCUCUCUUGGAUCUUGUCAUCCUCACACGCACAUCAUGUUCCUGAAGACUCACAAGACAGCCAGCAGCACUGUUCUCAAUUUGCUCUAUCGCUUCGGAGAGGAGCGGGGUCUUAAAUUUGCCCUUCCUGUUGGGUACCAAUUUGGCUACCCGCUCCCCUUUAUUGCCCAGAGGGUGAAAGGAUACCGAGGUCCCCACGUGGACAAAUUUGACAUCAUAGGAAAUCAUAUGCGCUUCAACAGGCCAGAGGUUGAGAAGGUCAUGCCUGCUGAUACCUUCUAUUUCUCUAUCCUUCGAGAUCCCGUGGCUUUAGCCGAAUCUUCAUAUGCCUACUACAAAAAUGUUGCCCCUGCAUUCAGGCGUGCCAAAGGGCUGAGCGAUUUUGCAGACAACCCUCAUAAGUACUACGAUCCCAAACUCAGAAACAACCAUUAUGCCCGCAACUUGCUGUGGUUUGACUUUGGUCAGGAUCAUAACGCCAACUUCAGCCUAGCGCUGGCCAGGCGUGGCGUGGCGGCAGUGCGAAGAAAUUUCAGGCUUGUUCUUUUGUCUGAGUAUUUUGACCACUCUAUGGUUCUGCUCCGCCAUGCUCUCUGCUGGCCUUUAGAUGCUGUGGUUUCUUUUAGCCUAAAUGCCAGACAGCAAGUAUCCAGUGGGAGGUCUGGAUGGAUGGGUAAGUCCGCACUUCCGGCCUCCUUGGGUUUGACAAAUGAGCAAAAACUGAAAUUACGGGAAUGGAACUCCCUAGACUGGCACCUUUACCAAGCUUUCAACCUCACAUUCUGGCAGGAAAUAGAGCGCUUCGGCCAAAGUCGAAUGGAGGCUGAGGUAGCCUUGCUUAGGACCAGACGCGAGGUUCUUGCUCGUGCUUGUUUACGUGAUGGUGGCAGGCCUGUAGAGGCCAGUCGCAUCCGGGACAAGGCCAUCCGCCCUUUCCAGAGCGGAUUAGUGAAGAUCCUAGGUUACGAGCUGCAGUCUGGACUAGACAACGCCACGUGGGAAGUUUGCCUACGUAUGAUCAGGCCAGAGAUUCAGUACAAAGACUUACUUGAUCUUCGGCAGUUCCCACGAGCACAGCAACCUCCAUGGCCGGACACUCUUGCUGGAGGACCUCCAGUAAUGAGGGAUUCCCCGGUACUGCGGAUUGAAGAACAAGGAGGAAAAAGGUUGGUGGAGAAAGACUGGGAUGGAACGGUACUGCUUCGGAAUAAAUCUAUCAAAAAUGCUGGUUCAAAAGUAAGGCUUAAAUGAUGAGCUAGUAGCACCUUUUUGCCUCAGGGUUAACUUUCUGACCCUUAUUUGGCUCCACAGGGCUCUGAGCUGCACUAAUAAAGGUGAACGGAUGUCUAAGACUUAAGCUUAAGAUGUGCUUAAUUUUUUCACCUACUUUUGCGUCUCACAUAUGGUUGUGCAUUCUAGCCUUCUGAAAUAGACUCCACUGUCCGUGAGCCCGUAUGGAUGCAUUUGACUCAUACGGACUUCCUCCAGAAGAUGCACACAGGUUCGCACGCCUGCUGCUGCUGAAAUUUGCACAAGACGUACCGGCAAAGGAAAAACUGAGGCAUGCUUUGGGCUUUACAGCAAACCACUUUGCCAUUGACUCUUCCUUGCCUUGCCCUUCAACAUUCUGUUUUAUACAAUGCAGGGGUUUAACAGUGAAGAAGAGGUACAAUGAAGUUGCUGGAGUAAUAAAAGGAUAUGCCAGACAGUGGCUAAAUGCUAAUAUUGUGUGUAAGUAAAAUGAGCAAAUGUGACAUGCGGCUUCCUUGUCCACUUUGAACCACUCUGUAAGCACAUAGAAGUGAAUGUACAUGGUUCUGUGACCCCAUGGUUCUGUGACCCCCCCCUUUUUCACAAACACACACACACACACACACAUUCUCUUGUGUUUCUUUAAAAUAAAAUCCAUUAUCUUUAAUAAACAUACAACAAGGUGCAUCAGGUGGCAUAACAAUUUGAUCUUGGAAAUGCAUUUUAUUUGAUAAGACACAGUGCAUAUCCAUAUCUGCAUGAAAAAGUGCAACAAAAGUAGCAUGGCAGUCUGGCACACUGAAAGAUGCGGAUACAGAUGCAGGUACAGAUCAGAGUGGCCAAAAUUUGAAUUUAUACCCAUUUCUAUGGGUAAAUGUUAAUCAGGAUGCCUGAUAGAGUUGGUUUUAAAGGAGACGACACUACAAACUUUGCUUUUCAUGCCACAUAUUCAGUUGUAUAAAAAGAAGCUGAGAGUCAUGAAAGUAGGCACGCCCUAUAAGAAGAUCUGUCCUGACUCUUCACAUGAGUCUGCUAGAAGAACAUCUCCAGUCUAACACUGUGAAAUAAUAUACCAUUCAUGAAAGAUAAAAUGGGCUGUAGAUCUCCCAAUGUCAAUGACUGGGCAAAUGCACUUCUAGUUACAGUAUAUUUACCUCUUGGUGUUUGCUUGAGGUCGAGUUUUGAAUAAAUCAAAAUGUUAAUAAAUUGAUGGUAUAUGUUCAUUGUUAUGGUGAAUGCUGUCAGUGGACGCUCAAAUACACAGCAUUUUCUAUCUACCAGGAAAGCGCUCCUGAAGUUCCAAAACUCCAAAAUGGUUAUUUUGCCUUACAAUGAGUACUUUUGUGAAGCAGUGCUUUGAUAUCAAAGCUUGCUGUGUUUAUUAUGCUUUUGUAUACAGUUCUAUGUGUAUCUAUUCUAGUGCUUUUAUACUCUUAAACUUAAGUGUGUUUUUCAUAUUGUGAGUGCUGAGGAAAAGUAGUAUAGACAUCUGACUGAAAUGCACUGUGCAAAUUGGCCCAAGUCUAAACAGCCAGCUUUUUGUAAUGCAAGUUUCAAUGCACAGUGCAAGAUGGCAUCUUACGUUACAAAUACAUUAAUUUUUUAUGUGCUAAUAUAAACGCACUGAGGUAAGGAAGACACUCUAGAUAUGCUCAUUUUGGUGCACCUUAGCUUUUAUUUUAUGUGUAGUUAGGAUGUAUAUGCAUGUUAAUAAAUAGCUAAAAAUUUACUUGUGUAAUUGACACAAAGCUCCACAUUGUGACAUGCAUUGUGAUACAACACGUCAUUUUAGUUUUGAUUGUAGUGUUGACCAUACUCACCAAACUCUCUAAGAACUUGGGGAAUAAUAUAAGCCAGCAGGAAAACAUCGGUAAACGGUCACUCAUUGGUGUAGUGGUCUCUUACAUUUUCUGAGGUUGCUUUAACAGCAUCAAUAGUGUUAGUUUAUAAUCAGAUUCUAGUCAUUAAAAUAGUUAUACCUAACUUUAAUUAAUUUGUUGAAAUGUAAAACAAGAUGAAAAAGAUGUUUGCAUUUCAGUGUAGAACACCUGAGCACUGCUGGGUCUCAUAGUGUUUCCUUACAGCAAGGACCACACUUUAUUUUCUCAUCCAUUUUUUGACAUCCUAUAGCUGACAAUACCCUGGAAUGCACGCUGGCUUAAUUUACAUUUAAAUUAAACUUUCUGUAUUCAUAUUGGAAUUCAAUCAAUAAAAAAAGAAGUCCCCAUAGAUGAGACAGAAUCAAACAUGCUAGCGUAAAAGCUAAGCCGAUUUAGAUGUUUGUGUGAGAAAUUUCAGUUACAGAAAAUGUUACUUAUUUUACACAGCUCACUGUAUCUUUUGUGAAGUUGAAGAGAAGACUUGUUAAUUUACAGUUUCCGUUAUUAAAAUGACAAGAUUAACGCUACGGUUAAACUUAAUUAAAUUGAUUGUAAAUUCCUUUUCAUCUUGGGGUAUAGAACAGCUUUUACUUUCAUUCACCAAGAAUCGCACUGUAUUACAUGCAUGUCAUAAAAAUAAGUAAAUUUAGUGUCUUCACGACUCUUUAGUUGGAUUACCUGUGGUACAGCAAUUCAAAAAUUGCAUUACCACCACCAAACCAAAGAGGUACUGAUGUGUCAGUGCUUGGAAUGUUAUAAAAAAAGUAAUGUCAUUUUUGGGUUUUGUCCAUUAUUGAAAUGUUAAAUAGUAAAUUCAUUAAGAAGGUCUUAAAAGCAAGUCUGGAUGCGUGCCUAUUUGAUACAACUGAUGAAACUAUCACAGUAUUAAUCCCUAAUUUUUAUUAAUUUGGCAUGACAAAUAAAUGACAAACAUAUUAUUCUAUUUUGUGCCAUGAUGUUUAUCAAAAGCAAUUCAAACAAGAUUGUUCCUGUCAUCGUUCUCUUUGACUGAGAUCUUUCAAACUUUUGUAAUCUAAAAUGUCAUGUUAUUUAAUUUUUGCUUUGUUUCUUGAAUACAUGGAGAACCCUGUGUACAUAUGUGGGAGUGAUGAACCUGAUUCGGUUGUAUGUAUUAAAUAAACCUUUUCAGUCAUUGCAGAGAAUCUCAUGUGAUGAAUAUGUUUCAAAGUUAGCUACUAUUAGUAUCCUAUAAUGCACCUCAAUAUUUCUUAACAAACUGAGAUAUGGUAACAUC